UAUUUGCGCGAUCCUGUUGCCAGAGAGCGUUUAGGUUGGAUUUUUAAUCUCCAUUCACAUUGACCGUGCUUGUAAAACUUUUCUUCGAACUUUACUGAAUUUACGUUUCUGUUACAUUGUAUGUCGUAUGAUUGGCUAGUCAAUCAAAAUCAGUCUUGUGCCCGAGAAUUUUCGCACCGCAUCGUAUUCGCAGCAUCAUGGAUGACCUAGAAGUCGAGGUUUGCGGCGCAAGUGGAGCCUAUUACAAGGCUUAUGUUCUAGACGUUCUUGAAGAUGGAGUCUCGUUGGCUUUUGAAAAUGAUUGGCAACCAGAGUCCAUGUUCCCUUUCAGCCAAGUUCGACUGCCACCCCCAAAAGACCAGAAAAAGGAAUUUGCUGAAACUCAAGAAGUCGAAGUCUACUCUCAAGGAUACGACCAAGAGCCAAGUGGAUGGUGGAGAGCAGUUGUUAGGGUAAUCAAAGAUGAACUUUAUGUCGUCAACUACCUUGAUUGGGAUACAUCUUAUACCGAGAUCGUGCCUAUAGAACGGUUGAGACCGAAAAACACCAACCCGCCCAUUGACGAUAAGACCUUUUUUAAAUUCGAAAUUGAAGUGCCAGAGGAGCUUAGAGAAUAUGCCAGCGUUGAAGGUGCCCACAAAGAGUUUCAGAAAGUAAUUGGAGCAGCGAUGUGCCGAUAUAUCCCUGAAACAAGUGUUCUAAGUAUCAUCUCUCGCUCAGAGCAGUCACAAAAGAAAGCUGGUCUGAUAUCAGAGAUGCACUUUCGGAACUUGAGUCAGAAGAUCUUACUACUUAAACGAACCGAGGAGGCAGCUAGGCAAUUAGAAUCUUCCAAACUCCAAAACAGUCGAGGGUAUUCAGACCAGUUCAACGUUAGAGAGGACUUAAUGGGACUUGCAAUCGGAGCACAUGGUUCAAAUAUUCAACAGGCAAGAAAAGUAGACGGAAUCACGAACAUAGAAUUGGAAGAAAACUCAUGUACUUUCAAAAUUUACGGAGAGAGUGACGAGGCUGUCAAAAAAGCAAGAGGAAUGUUGGAAUAUAGUGAAGAAUCGUGUCGUGUUCCUCGAAAUUUAGUUGGGAAAGUAAUUGGAAAAAAUGGGCGUGUUAUUCAAGAAAUUGUGGAUAAAAGUGGAGUGGUAAGAGUUAAAAUAGAAGGGGACAAUGAACCACAACCAACAAUCCCUCGGGAAGAGGGGCAAGUUCCUUUUGUUUUUGUCGGCACCGUAGAAGCCAUAGGCAACGCAAAACUUCUCAUCGAAUAUCACUUAAAUCAUUUAAAAGAGGUCGAAAAACUUAGGCAAGAUAAAAUUGAAAUAGACCAACAACUAAGGAGUUUGCCCGUCGGAGCAAUGGGAGCUAUGCAGAGCUUUAAUUCUCAAAGACGCAAUGAUAGAGGUUAUAGUUCUGAUAUGGAAACAAGUGGACGAGGCGGUAGAAGCGGAGCUAGAGGUCGGGGUCGAGGUAACAGAGGUGGAGGGCGGCAUUUAAACGAUCAACGUUUCAAUUCUGGUUCCAGACAUCAAACGCCAGACAACAUAGAUGAAAGAUUACCACCUCGACAAAGUUACCAAGCCAUGGGAUCGAGAGGUUCUCACAAUAAUAGCUACUCAUCAAGGCCGAGGGGCGCUGGUGGCCGGAAAGACCACCGACAGAACGACGAUAGAUGGAGAGUUAAUGAUGACGAUGAACACCCUCAAUUAGAUUCUCAUUCACACGAAAACGCAGACAGAGGGUUACAUAAAGGCUCGCAAAAGAGUGGCCGCUCAGGAAAGCCGCGUGGAAAUUACCAGGGUGGUGGCACCAAAGAAAAUAGGCAAUUCAACGAUAGUUGGCGGCUGAGCGAUGAAGAUGACUCGCAUGUUAGCAGGGUAAACUGGAGUGAAAACGCAGAAAAAGAAUCAGUAUCGAGUGUGGAAGGAGCACGAACAAAUAACCGCAGGCCACGAAAUGCCAGGCGCAAAACGCGACCCCGAAGCCACACACCGACCACUGAGAAAGAAACGAUGAGUGGUCAAGCUCAUGAAGUAGUAAAUAACAAAGACUCAGGAAAGAAUUCUCAAGAGAGCUCUAGAAACCAACGAGAUUCACGGUCCAAAGGACAGAAGCCACCCCAGUCGAAGCGAACCUCCGCAUCAGUUUCCAACGACAAACCAAAAGAACAACCACUUGUCAAUGGCACCUCCGAAUAGGAUUUCAUUUACUUCUUGUUUUUAUUUAUUUAUUAUUUUUUAAUUUUUCACGUUUAUUUGUUCUCUUAAAGAAAACUUCAAAUUUUGUUAUUUUGUGUCAGUCGUUCAACGCGUUGAAGUAGAAAAAUUUUUCCUUUUUUUUACAAAAAAAAAAAAGCCUUCCACCAAAAACUAAUGGGUACCAUGUUCGAUUUCCGUUUUUUGUGCUAAAAUUUGUCGCCCAAAAAUUUCUCUUGUAGCAGUAAUUACCAAGAUUACAUUGGUGCUCUUUUUCCUCGAAAUUGGUGGUUGAUGCCCUAGUUCCUAUUUUGCUUCUCGCUCACGUUUCGUAGUAUCUUUGUUCCAUACCCAAAGAAACUUACCGGACUGAUCUAAUUAACAAAUUCCCGAUUUAUUCAAAUGAACCUCUGAAGUAGCCCUUUCUGCCCGGUACAAAGAUACAAAUGUACGAUUUUAGUAAAGCUCUCUUUUUUCCCUUUAUUUGUGGGUGUAACCUAAUAAAAUAAAGGAAAUAAAAUGGGCAAGUCUUUGAAGGGAAGAUGGCACUUCUUAAAAACUGUGAAUUGACCUCUGGAGCAAAUAUCCUGAAAAUAAAGUCUGUAAAAUUGCCGAUUCACCCAGUUAUUAUUGUUGUCUGAAAAUUUCUAGUAAUUGAAUGGUCUUUUGGGUAAUUUGGAAUUACCCCAUGCUAACAGGGAAUUCACAGGUAUCAAGUUGGCUGACUCUCCUAGUGAGAAGCAAGAUUUGUUAUUUGUGUUUAAUUUCAAUGGCAAAAUAAAGGCUGGAUCGGUCUUGCUCACGAAAUUAGCCAACUAAUUUGGGGUGAACGGUAAAUUCAGUUCUUUUAGCGAUGCCUAACUAUUGGAAUUCGAACAUAAUUUGAAUUUUAACAAUCAGUAUGGUUCAUGCUUCACCCUUACGUCAUUCUGACGAUACUUUAUCAGUCCAUAAUGAGAGUAAUCAUACCAUCUGAAAACCUUGAUGUCCUUUGUAAUGGAUUGAUACGAAACUGACCUCUAUAAAUAUCUCGCUUUAACUAAUGUCGUCAAACCGUACGGACUUUUCACAUAAUUGUCUCUUCUAUUCUACCCUUGCAUCUCUGUUAAUUUGUUUAUGUUUUUUGUAUUACUUACAUACUUAAAAUUGUCUUGUUAGAUUUAUCAAAAUUUGUUUUUUUUUUUAUUUUAACAGGAAUUCUUAAUAUUUUUUCUGAUGACCGAAAGAAAUAUGCACCAUUACAAUGGAUGCUAUUUUAUACUUAAUUUCCCUUUAAUUAAUCCUGGCCAGAUUCAUCAUCUGUCUCCUUAACUUUGAAAAAUUAGCAAUAUGGGAUGCUUUUUGUUUUUUUUUAUGCUGUUUCUUUUUCCUCCACACUCAUUGAUUAUUUCUCCUUUUCUUUUGCUUUGUGUUUUUUUUCUUGGUAGAUUUGGUCGGUGGAUUAAAUGAGAGAUUUUUAAUCAUAUAAACAUGUGCCUAAAAUCAUCUUUUUUUGGCAUAGCUGCAUUUCGUUCAUCUUUUUAAGCGCACUGCUUUCAUAUCAAACUGUCAUGUACUUAUAAAAAUGUACAUACGCACCAUAUUUCUUUGUUCAAAGUCAAAGAGAGGUUCUCCUGCAUUGAUUAUUGCUCCAGAGUCAAUCUGAAAAUGUAAAUAGCAGAUACUUUGCAGCUAUAUGUUAGUCAGCCAAAUAAUUUAUGAUGAACUCUACUUUAACUGGUUUUUUUUUUUUUUUUUUUAUAUUUCUUUGCCUGAAAUUUCUAGAUUUAUUAUUCGUCGCCAAAAAUAUGCUUGUAGUAAUAUCUUUGGAUUUUAAGCUGUGGUGGGGGAAAAUAACUUACUAUCGACUCAGCACUGAGCGGAAGUGUAUUUUUCUCCCUUGAAAAGUUUAUGCUUAAAAGACGUGUUUUUUUGUUUUUAUUAAGUUUACCACAAACUGAUCGGCUUAAAAUUCAUUAUUUUUUUUUUUUAAUUUUCUUCAAAAAUAUGGAUCGUAGUCCAUAGAAUCAGUGAUCAUGUUUUUGGACGAUGUUUAAUGAUCUCUCAUUUUUUCCAUUGCAUCCAGUCUGCCGAUGUUAACUGUUGCUUCAAAUUUGCUUUUUUCCUCUAGUGACAGAGAUCUUUAUCCUUAGUUGUAUUUGUGUCCCAUUUUUUGUAUUGAACUUACGAAUAAAACUGUGAAAGAAAUGCUCGGGCUGUGCGUUGGUUUUUCAAACCCAUUCGGAAUCUGAUUGCAGCAUAGUUUGUUUGUUUAUUCGCCUAAUCUUACUUUCUACAACUGCUUAUUAGAUUCCAGUGGCAUAAUUGUAGUAUCUAAAAUUUAUCCUCUUUUUGAUCAAUCCAGUCAAACGAUGAGUCGCAAUUCUGCUCUUGAUCACUUUAACCAUUAUUGUAACUGAAGACUGUCACUGGAAGACUGUGUCUUACUGUUACUGGAUUUCAAUGAAAGAUAUGAAAAAAAAUGGUGACAAAAAUAAAAUUGCUGUCCAAAAGGUUGAUUAUGUGGUUAUUUCUACAGAGAUGAAUUUCAGAAUUUGGUUUAAUUUGAACACACUACAAAAAAUUAUUUUCUCGAAAAUUUUAGACGAAAAUUUUUGUUUAGACUUCAACCAGUGACUCACAGAAAUUAUCUCACUUCAUUUCAUAGCGCUUACAGAAACAUUAGAUUAUUUUUUACUAUCUUACAAAAGUGCUGAAAUCUCUCAAGCCACAGUUUUGAUUUGGCGGAAUUGUUAAGGCUCAAGUUUUCGGUUUUUCUUCAUAUUGGAAACUAGAUAAUUUUAUUUUUUUUCUUAUAAAUUAUAGAAGUCCUCUAUCCAAAUGUUGCAAAACAUCAAAUUUUUUUCAGUCUAACCUAAGUAAAUUUUGCAUUGAUUCUCUAAAGUAAUGAAAACUCAACGUAAAAUGUACAUUCUUUCUUCGUUCUUGGGUUGAAUUUUAAAAAUCCCACACCCAACUCAUUCUGAGGUUUUCUCUGUAGUUAGGGUGGUGAAAAGGUAAUUUUUGAAAUUUUUGGAAAUUUUUGAAGUAUUAAUUAUAUUUGGAAUAUUUCCCGUUUUACCAGCGUAAUAUUGUGUAAUAUACAUUUUCACUUAGGAAUUUCCUUUGCAGUUAACAUAAAAAAUAUUCCGUUCCUUUUGCAUGAUACACUGCAAUUGCUCAAUGAGUUCUGUCAUGUGCACUGUUCUUUCUCUUUGCAUCUUCAAUAAAUCUUCAGUUACUCAGAUCAAAUAUAAACAAACGAGUUUACUUUGCAUGCACUCUUGAAUAAAUAAACGAAUAUUCCUCUGGGUCUUUUCUUACACAGUCAAUCUCUAAAUAUUUCAUUAUUGUAGGAAUUGUCUCAGGGAAGAACAAACUUGUGCUUAUACUGUCACCGAACAUAUCUUACCUCUGAUUUUCGAGUGAGGUAUUUCGAAAACCUUUUAAGCAAAGUUUCUUUAACAUUUUCCUUAAAUAGUCAACUCAUAAUUUCAAUUGGCCAUCAAAUAUAUUAAAAUCAAUCAUUUACCAAUGGCACCAGUAAUGUCUUAAUUCGAUCGUGCUGUUUAACGUGUUGAUGAUCAACAAACAGACAUUAUUCUGAUAUCAAAGAAUGUAAAUAUGUGAAACCCAAGUUGUUUAUCUCCACCCUUGUUCCUCUUUCUUUUAUUCGUUCAUUGAGUUGGUUAAGAGGGCAGUCUAGUUUUUAUUUUGAACCUUUUCAACCUUUCUUUGCACUUUGAAAUGUAUCUGGGCGCCAACCCAGAUUCCCUAGGCUGAAUUAUGUGGUGGUAUGUCAUCAUCCCCCCUCCCCUCCAUACAAAUCUCAUCAGCAUUUUAACCUGUAAUGGCCCUAGAAUCCCAGUUUUUCUUUAAAUUAAGCAUGCCCAAAAGUAAACCUGAACUUUUCUGUAUGAAUCAUUUUUUGCUGAGUAAACUCGCCAUUUGGUUAAAUAAUUAAUUGCCGAUAGAAGUUCAUAAAAUUAUAUAUCGAUUGCCGAUAUUUUAAAAUCUGUAUUUCAUCAUUUUACUGUCCAAAAUUAUGAAUGAACCUUCUUGGGAAAGCAAAGAAAAGUCCAAAAACAAUUUUAACCUCUGUUUCCCUUAAAAAAAAAUAAACUAUAUUCAUUUAUCAUGUUCCGAAUGUUGAUAUGUUUUUUUGCACUGUCACCUCAUUUCUAUGGCUUACAAUCUUCCUUUUGAUUCAAAAGGAGCAUUUCUUUAGAUUUGGGCGGAUCCGCAAUAUCAGGCACCCCUCAGUACGUUGCAAUUGUUUGAAUGUGUUUGAGGAUCAAGGUUACUAACCGGCAGACGUAAAGUAUGUCACAGUAAAAUUCAUCAGUAUUUUCAUGAACUGUUUUGAAUUUGAAUGAGACUGAAACUCCGAUUGGUUAGUCGUUGUGUUUUUCUUGUACUAAAUUUCCAUUGGCAACCAAAUGCUAUUUCAUUACUGCAACAUAUAUGUAUUUUUUCUUAUCCUCACUGUUUGCUUGUGUAAAUCACAAAGUAAGAAAUUCACCUUAGAAAUUUAUCCGCCUCGUUAAAUGUUGUGGUUUUAGGAUUUUCAAGAUAUUGAUGGUUAAACUCAAUCGUACCGUUUUAAAAUUUCUUCUCCCAUUUUAUAUUUUGAACGGUAAAGAGUCUCUCCUCACUUGAAAUUUUCACAGAUUUUUUUUCUUAUUCUAUCCAUGGAGAAAAACAACUACUGAAACUUUUAAGAGGAAUUGAACAUAGGUUUUUAAAUUGAAAACUAUGCGGAGACAGAAGAAAAGUGACAGAGACUCUGGAAAAACCAAAGCGAGUCAAGUCAUUUCUGAGUUUGGCCAUCAAUAUCUUCCCCUAUCUCUAAGAAAAGAUGUAUUUCUAAAAGCCUGUCUCCCCAUUUUUACCAGUGAAAUGAGAUUUCAUCUAUUUUUAGGUAGUUGCAAGUAAUGUUUCAUUUUAGAAUUUCGUUCACAAUAAAUUUCUAGUAACUUUUCAAAGUCAGCCGUAGGCUAACUAUUAUCUAUUUUUUUCUUUUUUAUGUGCCCUUAAUAGAGAAAUUCUUUCUUUUCUUUAUCAAAGAUAAUAUCAGGAAAAUAUUUUGGUGUGCACCCUGAUAAUAUUCUGUCUUAUCAAUGCUCUCAAUAAUUAUUUCAGUGUACGUUAUGUUCAUUUUACUCUGUAAAUCUAUUUAGUUAAUGGAUUCACAGAGGACACUUUUUGUAUGUUUAUUAAGUGAUUGGAGGACCAAGCUCUCUGAGUAGUUGCUUAGUUUGGUGGAAAAAAGGCCUGCCUCUUUUUACUCGCCUUUUUUUUCAAAUACUUUUAAAUACUUUAACUCUUUUCUGUAGAAACCUAGUUGUGUAUCUUCUCAUGUAGAAGAAUUUAGCAUUGAUUAUGCCAAACCAGAAUAGACCUACAAAAACGCUCAGCGUCUGUAAACACUGUGAGGCUCUUAACGCUGGGUUGUAAGUUAGAAUGAACGUUAUCUCGUUGUUUCUAGAGGUUAUCGUUUAUUUCUUUUAUUUUGUUUGAUUGAUUGAAUCCAGUUUGCUCCUAAUUAUCAUUGCAGAUCUUACAUCCAUCAGAUGUAUGUUCCAGUCUUGUGAACUAACAGUGUUUAUAAUGAACUCUCUUAUCAUCUGUUGUGGAAAGAAAACCAAUCAGUGUUGGGCUGAAAUAGGCAGGAAUCAGAAACUAAAGUCGUUCACAGUUUUGCGACUAAUGGAACAAGAAUGAAUUGACCUAGUCCCCUCCAAAAGUAGAAAGAAAUUAGUCAGAAUAAUCUCUUUCUUAACAACAGUCGUAAAUUUAUUGCAGCUUGCGGGGGACCGUAACAAAAAUUGCCUUUCAGCAUUAAACAGCUUUUUCGAGAAAGCAGCCUCGUUUUAAAAGAAUACAGUAUUUUUUAUGGCAGCAAUUUUCAGAGCAACUUUCUUGCCGGCCCAUUCAAAUUUAUUGAUAUGAAUAAAUUUCCUUUAACAAGGAGGGAAAAUAUCGAAAACUUUUCACCUUCAUGCUGCUGACUUUUUUCAGAAAUCGUGGAUAAUUUUUAAGAAAAAGCAAGAUGUUUCCUAAUUAAGUCUGCACCUUUUGAUGUCUUCAAAUAAAUUGUCACUUGUAUCAGAAAUUUCAGUCUAUUUUGCUCAGCACUGAUUUCAUGCAAUUUUCUAGGAGUUUCUUGUCUGAUCAUUUAGUUCCCUAAUUCUGACAUCCAAGAAAAUCAUUAUUUACAAUCAAAGUUUACCCAGACUUUGAGAACUGGUUUUUGAGUUGAAGUAAGUACCAAGAUUCAAGUUAAGAUAAUAUCAAAGUGAAAGGUGGUGAAACCAGCCCAAUAUUUCUAAUAAUAUGUAUUUAGUAAAUAUAUAUUCAGAAGAGAUCAAAAUAUUGAGCAACUUCUCUAAGAUUAUGUCUGUUAAGAGACGUUUCUCUUGUGAAAUGUCUCUCUGAAAGUAGCUCGUGAAAUUGAGGAAUUUUUUGUGUAAUGUUCUAAUUAAUAUUUGCAGAAAAGGAAUGAUUAAUGGCCAAAGCAUUUUUUAAAGUAUGUAUUAAACCUAGAUUUAUUUGCAGGAAACGGUAAAAUAAGCUACAAAAACUGUGUAAUUACAACAGCACGGAGAGAAAGAGGAUUCAGGACAUCCCCAUGUCAUGUCAUACCGAUGUGCAUUAUCUCAAGGGAAAAUUGUGUGCAGACUACUUUUCGAUGGUGAAACUGUAGAAUUGCGUAUCUCUGUACGCAGCAUUGCAGACUUCCUGUAAAACAUUAUUUUUUUUCUACAUGGGAAGCAACUGAACGUCAUUUUUUGAAAAUUUCAGUCAUUUUCUUCUCUUAAUGAAGAAUAUUCUGUUAAAACUUCUAGCCAUAAUGUUGGUUUGGUCUUCUUUAUUAAAAAAUAAAAUAGUCGCGGAAAUUUCGAAACACCGCAACGGAAAUGUGCAUUUUUGCAGUUUCACUGUCAAUUUGCAAAAUUCAUCAACCCUAGCAACAAUGUCUUAAUGUCACAGACUAUCAAUCUGAUAAAACUAUCAUUCAAGUCAAUCAAUUGAAUUUUUUUGUAAAAUUCUGCUUAAACAUACGAACUGGAAAUCGCUUUUAAUUUUUGUAGAAAUAUUCUCCCGGAGCCGCAAGCUUUCUAACUAUCAAAGUAAAUUUCCGUCAAAUCUUACAUGUUUUUAUGAGAAGUUAUACCAAAGAGUUCCUUAAUUUCAAUCAAGAUUCUUUAGAGAGUGCCUAGAAUUUGUGACAUGUAAAUAUUUUCGGUUUCAGAUGAAACGAAAAGUGCUUGAAUCGUCAAAUGAUCCUUGUGUUAAUUGGUUCAUAUAUUUAUAUCCAUCAGUGUUGAGAUUUUCUCCUUACUUGUAUGUAACUUCUAUCUUAUUGGUAUUACCUGUAGUGUAAGGUGAGACUUUGAAUAAGUCCACUAUAUAUUAGACAUAAGUUUAAACCAGUGGCAAUCCCCUUUUCUGUGAGGAAAUAAAUUGAACGAUGUCUAGUGUCUAUCAUACCUUUGUUGGAGCAAAAAGUUGAAUUUAAAUAAGUGUGCAAGUGGUAAAAUUGUGCGAAAAUCAGAGACUCCAAGUUCUUGUCAAUGAUGAAACAACUUUUUCAAAGGUUCUUAGCUUAAAUGAGGCUCUAAUUCCCAGGAAUAUCGGUCAAGGUGACUCGUCAAGCUCUGACGUGUUCGAACUGGCAUGCAAUAUAUCGCAUGCCAGUUCGACCUUGUCAAAGAGCUUGGCAAUUACCUUAAGGUAUUUCCAGAGAGAUCUAGUAUUAUUAUUCUUUGCUUGCAAGUUCUAUAGUUGAUCCAUUCAAUGACGGAGGAAUUCAUUCUUUGAUUUAUAAGUAUAUAUCUUAUUUUAAUGUCAUGUUUCGAAAAGGUUUCCUCUAAAAAUAGUCAUUCGAUCAGAUUGAGUCACUAAACUUGCACUUUCACCAACAAGAAAAAUUUUGAGCUCAGAAAUCUGAAAAAAUUGGGCCUGAUAACAGUUACAGCAGUGUUAAAGAAAGCAGCGCUUUAAUUUGAAGAGAAAUAUUGAUGCCUGAAGUCAUGCUUACAUCAUGAUCUCUUCUGCAAGAUGAAGGUUCUAAGAAAGUAUGACUCUCAGAUUCCCUUCAAUUUCACUAGUUUAAAGCUUUAUCACUCGUAUGUUAGCCCACAUACAUUUUAGGCAGGUUAUGGCGAAACACUUGUGUCUUAGUAUUAUUAUUUUUGAAUCAUCAGCCAGCUUCAAGAAUUUUUUCGUAACUUAAUGAGUUCCAGUGGAUAGAUUUUACCUUCACGUCUCUCAUCUUUUUCUCAGAAGGGAAUAGAUAUGUCGAGGUUCAAAGCAGUAACUUGUAUCCUCUUACUUUUGUUUUGUAUCCGGUGCAAGUCCUCUCAACCUCUAUGGAAAUAAGGCUAAAAGCUUUUUAAGUCUGAAGAUUGACCUCAGGAAUAUUACAUCGGCAGCUGUGAAAAUCAGUUUGAAGCUCUUACGCUCAAUUUUUCACUGUGUCAUCCAUAUUUUGUGUCCCAAGUUCUUCCCAGUUUUCAAAGAACGAAUCAGGAUGAGAGAAGUUCUCGCGCCUGAUUUUUGCUCAUCAACCGAAAUAAGAAAUUCCUAAAAGCCCAUGUGGAUCACCAGCUCUUAAAACUGGACGUAUUUCUAUCAAACGGAGCUAUGUGCAUUAAGACAUGAGCCCUGAGACCCAUAAAAAUAUGUGCAUAACAGGGCUCACGUCAUAAUGCACUGCACAUAGAUCAGUUUUGAUAGAAAUACGUCUGUACUCUGCAGAGACCUUCAAUGAACUGCUGUGACUUAUGACUUGACUGAUACAACUGAAAAUUUACCCUCUUUCUGUCACUCUUUAAAUUUAGGGUAAUUUUUACGAAUGUCGUCUUUUUUAUUUUCAAAGUCAGCUAGUUUUCCUAUCAAAAAAUUCUUAAUUAAACUCAUCCAUGAAAAUAGGAGAUUGUUAUGUUUUAUCAUCCUAACUUAAUACAAAGUACAUUCAACAAGAACUAUCCAAAUCUUCUAUCCAAGAAAGCAAUGUUUGCCAUCAAUUUUAAGCAAGGUGUCAAGACUUAAGAAGCAAAAAACGAUCAUCUACAGCCUGAUUGUAGAAACUAGUUCUGGCUUUGUCAGCAGGACAAUAUAAGACACAGCUGUAUCUGAGCCAUGUAGCAUAUCGAUUUUUGAUGUCUUGUCGCGCUGACGUAUUUCAAUAAUCAGGCUGCUGUUUUUCUUUUAUUUAAUUGAUGUUGAGUACAAUCACUAUUAUUAGGCUCAUGAGAUAAAGCUCAAAUUAUUUAGAAAAUAAACAUGUGCAUUUUUUUAAAUUGAAUUCUGAAACGCUGUCGUUUAUAACUUGUCAAUUGGCCCCUCUGCAUAUCCAUUAAAUUUUUAGCAAGCUGUAGUACAAAAUUUUUUACAAACGGUUUGUGUCGUCAAUCUGGCGUUUAUUGUAGAAAGCGUUUCUUUUUGCUUAUUUUUACCAACUUAAUGGCAAAAUUAGAUGGGUAAAGAAACUGUUUUGUCCUAAGUCACAUCAGCUCUAAAAUAAUUCUAAAAUCUUUUCGGGAGCUCCAUCACAACCGUUCCAACUGAGCUCGAAGGACUCUCCCACACUUGUAAUUUUGCGUAGAUUAUUACCCUUAUACUUGGACAGGACAUGUAAAUAUCAAUUGUAUUUUACUUUAAUUGCACUAAUGUCCAGUAUGUAUAUUAAAAUAUUGAUUAUUGGAUUUUUUGUGCUUGAGAUACCGCGUGAAGAUUCUUAAUUUUCCUAGUCAAUUCUAUUUGUAUAAGGUUUCACCUCGAAAUCUUUGCUCGGUACUGAUUUUGCACUCCUCUCGGAGAAUCUAAAUUUUGACCAGCCGCGGUACUCGUCAGAGACUUUUUAGACUUUUUACUCAGCCUUAACCGUAAUUUUGUUUAUUGAACAUAUGCAUAAUUUUUAACUUAAAUUAAUAAUUAAAUCUGUUUAGUUGUAUUUUUCCAAAUGUUUUGAAGUGUCUGUUUUGUUUUUCCCCCUACUUUUGCCCUUCUGUUUUCUCCCAAGAAAUUACUAGACUUCAAAGUCAAGGUUGUGAUAUAAUCGUGUACAUUUUCUUUUUUUCUUUUUUUAAAUGAAAUACAUUUGUAUGUUAUUAGCU